GUCGUUGUACCCCAUUGUACAACGGUUGAAGGUAUGAAACGAGGCAGGCGAAACGCCUACAAGUCUGACAAGGUGCCAGCGCAUCACUCCUGAAGUACACGAAACCGUCCGCGAGGAACAAAACAAAAUCCGAAUAAAAACCCGACAACGCGUUUUCCCGACUCACCGCGAUUAAUUCCCUCUCCCCUCUCCUUGCUGCGUCACACCAUCACACCGUUUCUCUUCCUCCCCUCCUUCCCUCCGUUCUCGUAUUAUCUUUCGUAAGAGAAAAUUACUUAUUUAAUAAACCCGAUCUUGCAACCCUUCCCUCCACGUCCCAUCAUCCUUCGAACAGGCGACUUAUCGAUAACCCUAAUUUUACCAUUAACCGCGUUUAAGAUUCAUAGUGACGGCGUCGUGUCGGCGAGAGAACAAUGAGAGAGGAAGAGAGAGUUGCUUGCGAUGCUCUCGAUGCCGUAUGGAGGGAGGGACGAAGCUUCAGAUUAACCGUGGGGGCCGUAUCGAACAAAGUCGAUACCGACGGUCGAUAAAUCAAAUCUCGCGACCGGUUCGAGAGGAGGAGUGGUAUUAAGCCCGUAUCGCAUUACGCGGAAAAUAGGCCGUCCGAAUAUUUGGACCGCGGAACGGACCAGUCGGACCAGUCCCCUUCCCCGUCCGCAAGGAUGCGACCGAAUCAUGAAUAAAUUUUAACGAGAUUGCACGCGCGAAAGGGGGAGCGAGGGAUGCGAGCCGUAUAGCAUAGCACCGCCAGCUACAUAGCCACAGCACAGGAAGGGGGGAGAGAUAAAUCAAGUCGCCUAAUCAGACCGCUUCAUCGGGCCCGCUUUUUGAGAAGUUAUAAAUAUUUCGGGGUGGGAUAUCGGGGCGAUAAUACGUCUUAGCGUGUGGGAAAAAGAAGGAGAAAGAGAACAGCGAUCUCGAAAAUUGAAUGACGAUGGUCGAAGGGGAUUUUUCUUCGCCUUUGAUCAGAGAGGAAGAAGGUAAACGAUCCCCCUCCCGUAUUAAAGAAAGGAUUCUCGAUAAAAUCGAAAUCGUGAACGAAGAGAUUCGCGUCACAGACGAGAGGCGAGCUCCGCCUGUGUGGUCUAAAGCGAUAGCUAAUCGGAGUGCUUUUCGGAGGCAUUGGAGCCAAUUUCGGCAACCGAGUCGCGCGACCAACCCUAAUGAAUAGCGUUUAAUUAAAGCCUAUAAAUCCGCACCCCGCCGUUCGAAUCCUGUUCCGAGGGGGUUUCGAGGUGGAGAUAAAAGGAAAAAAGGGGAGAGAAAGAAAGGAGAGGAAGAGGAAGAGGAAGGGGAAGAAGGAGGAGGAGCGAGAACGAGGUGAAAAACUGUGGAACAGGGACACGGGGCGAACAAGAUGCUCUCGGAGCGUGCGAUAAAAUUUCUGGAAUGUGUCGAGCUCGUUUAGGGAACACACACUGGAACUUUGGCCGUUGAUCGAUGAAAUCGGAUGACGAACCUUGGUUGGAUUGCAUCAAAAAAAAAAAGAAGAAAAAAAGGAAGAAGAUUCUCUACAAUUCGUUGGCGAAUAACGCUCGACAUCGUUGUAAUACGACGAAAAAGAAGAAGAAGGAGAAGGAGAGGAAGAAAAAGACGAGGAACGAGAACGAUGUUGUCUUAACCGUAAGAAAGAGAUCGUUCUCGUUCCCUUUGUUUGCGUAUCCUUUGUUUCAUCGUCGUAUAUAAUUAGAUCGGUCUCCCAGGUAAGAGAAUUGAGACACGCGGAAUAUUUCUCCGUGGGAAUAAGGAAUGAUAAUGCACGGCAACCGCGUAUGUCACUCGGCGGACGGGUUGCAAACGAGUCGAGGAGAAUCGAUUCGAUACGUUUCUCCGGGAGGGUUGAACGAACAAAGGACGAGGAAAGGAGAAACCGUAAAAGGGACCCCACCCUUUUUUGCGGCCUAGAGGGAGGAGGGGCUUCGUUGGUCCUUCUUCCUCUCCGAGAGAGCCACUGUGGAUAAUUGGAACCGCACCCACGAACUCGUGGCUUCGGGUCCGCUCCUCGCUUUUUCGGUCCUCUCCUAUCCUCUUCUCCUUCUCUAUCCCCUCGCACCUUUAAAAAUAUACCUUUAAAACAAUGCAACGCUCGCCCCCAAAUAGAGAGUUCCUUUUGUUGCGCGAAGAGGCAGGGAAAUGAUUUCCGUUCAUCAUUCCGUUUUUAAACAUUUUGCUUGCGAAUAACCGACUCACGGGUGGUCCUCGUGAGAAUUGAAAGAAAGAGUCUGCGGAAUACCUGCACUUUGCCCGAUUAAAUUGGGUAAAAAUCUUCUCUCCCCGGUGAAAAAUAAAGGGGUUACUUAUCAACAGCGUAUCUCCAACUCUCUGUAUCUUUGCGUGAACUCGUGUACGCGUCCUCUGCUUGUGUGUUGGUUGAAGAGAUAAAGGAGAAGAGCCAAUUCGUCCCCUGUCCUCGUCCUUAAUGCACGAUAUAUUCCAGAAUCACCGAUACCGGGACAGUCGAUAAUAUCUUUCUUCGGUGGCUUCCUAAAAAAUUUGUCAUGAUUUGAGUUAAAUGGAGUUAAAUGCAAUUGAUCGAUUAAAAAUUAAGAUGCGACACGCGCGACAUUCGUUUAUUUCUCGAGUAUUGAAAUAUUUGCAAAUCGUUAUGUGACGUUUGAAAAUGUAGAUUGUAAUAAUUUAACCUUUUUUUUUUUUUUUAUAUAAAUAUAUAUGUAAAACUUUCCUUAAUUUUUUUUCUCUCUUUUUUUUUCUUUUCGAACGAAAAAUGGCUUUGAAGAAUGGAUCUUAUCAAAAUUCUUCGAUCUCGACCAACGUUUAUAUAAACGACGAUUUGAAAUACCGCAGUGUAGGCGAAUCAAAUGUGGAUUCCAAAAAUGGGCAGAAAUCUUACAAGGAAGAUGUAUAUCAAGGUGAUUCGUUAUCGACGUAUCAGAUAUCGUACGACGAUUUCAAGCAAGAAGAAAGUUCAAAAAUGCAGGAAGAAAAGGAACCGUUCGAAUCUAUCAGUGCUCCUCUCUCCCAAUGUUACAAGAUGGCAGAAACGGAUCCCCUGGUCGAAGAGUUACUUGAACAGCUUCCCAGAAGCACGGACGACUAUCGCAAACACUGGGAAAUGAUACUCCACUGCGAGAGGGCCGCGUUUCCAAGGACGGAGUCGAAUUUGCCACUGCCCUCGAGGGAGGUACGUAUAUCACCGGGAGGAAAGCCCGGCGAAUUCAAAAGCCGAGAACUCAAUUAACCCGAACGGCUAGAACUCAAUUACGAAUGUCGGUCGGCGGGAACGAAUGCGGUGGCCGGUAAUUAAAAAGUUAUUAUGCCCAGGCCCGUUUCUACUGGCACUUGUACUCAACCGCGGUGAAAAACUCGCGUUUGUACCAAAAACAAGUGAAUCACGCUCUCCUCGUUACGUUGGCCAAGUAAGAAUCUAAUGGUUACUUCAUUGAAAUUAUACGUACCUACGUAUCAUCCUUGAUUAGAUGAAUUUUUAAUGAAUUACGUAGAAUCGACGUAAUUGAAGUUUGAUUUAAAACUAAAUCGGUGGAUUUAUAUGUAUAU